AGGCACUUUUACACCAAUGCAAACAAGGUGCAUCGCGCACCGAUAAACCUAUUAAUUGGCGUUAUCGCAAGUCUCUUAAUAGCUAUAAACAGGGUUUUUCUUGGCUAAAAGUGAUGCAAAGGUGGUAGCCUACCAUGCUGAUUUAGCACCAUGACGUACAUCAGGGGUCUCCAAAACGGUCCUCGAGGGCCGGUGUGAUCAAACACGGACCUUUUAACUAGUGAUGGCCAACGAAGCUUCAUGUGAAGUUGCGAACCACUUGGCCGAUAGAGCAAGUCGGACGUCCAGGCAUUAAUGACGUCACCAGCCAUAACAAAGCGUCGCCAUAUUGCAAAUGGAGCAAAAGACGAGUCACAAGCAGUUGCUCUGUCGUGCAUUGUAAUUAGGCUCGAGCGUUUACGUCACAGCAGCACGGGAUCAUGCGAGAUUUGCGACAACGCAGCCAUUUCGGAAGCACGUCUGCAUCACGGGACAUUUAAACUUAACGGCAAAUACAAUUCAACUACGAGUGCCAAAGAUGGAAAAAAGUAAGGAAAACUUGCCAGUUCGAUACAGAGGCAAACUUGUUACCAUGGCGAAGGACAGAUAUGUGAGCAAUUUUAAGGAUGUGAACAAUGUUGACCCUUACGAGCAAGCCGAACACAAAUGGAAUAAAGAUGUCAACAAGCUUCCACCACUACGCGAAAUGGACAUCAUGCUGUAUUUAGUGUUUGGUAGUUCGCUGGCGUCGGUUCCUCUCUUUCUCGGCGCUGACCUCUUGGCCAACACGAAUGUCCGCUCUGAGAACCAUCCCAGGCAUCAUGCCAAGUUUGCCCGGAAAGGCCUUGCGACCAAAAUCCAUUUUUCUUCAGCCUUCAGGUUUCAGGGGUUGAAGGUGGCACCAUCCAAUAACGGGUUGUGGUUCUACACAAUUCAUGGUCUUUUCCGGGUGGCCUUUGAGAUGUACACCAAGCGGGAGCAACUGGCAGUGCUUGACAACUUCCAAGAUGUGUGGAAAUCUCAAAUGAGUGACAGUGCACUGAAAACCAGUUACAGCCUGACUGUGCAGCUGGACACAGCAGCUGGAUUGAACGCCGUGAAUGAAACGCCAAAUGAGCAAACACCCAAGCAAUUGGAGAAUACAAAUAAAGAAAUGCAGUCAGACCACUGUUAUUCCACCCUGCAGAGCUCCGAAACCUUAUCUGCUCUUGGAAAUAAGCUUAGGAGCCUAAGUGACAAACUGGCGACGAUAAACUUGGCGGAGCAUCAUCAGGAGCCGGUCCUGCUCCUCCUGGACCAUGCAGAAUGCUACCUAAGCGGGACAGCGGCAGAACGAGACGCUGCGGAGACAUCGUUGGCCGGCUGGUUAGGCCGCCGGUUCGCCGCGGCCCACGCUGACAUCAGCCGGCGGGUGGAAGCCUUCAAAGAGCGCCACAUCCAGAGGAUCGGGGAGCUGCCGCCGGCAGAGGAGCUGUCUACGCAGCUCUUCCCGGAUGCAAUGAGGACCCUACUGCUCAACUGGAUGGGACUGAGUAGGGAUGAAGACUGGGCCAAGAGGCAAAGCGAGUACCCAAUCCUGCUUCUCAUGCUGGAAUUUGCAAAUCACAACCUCAUCACCGGUGUGGCACACGUGCUUUAUUCCACUUUGAUCUGCAAGUAGACGUCCUAUGAUCUGCAAGUAGAUAUCCUAGUGCCGGGGUCUCGAACAAAAUUUAGCAAUUUAAACCUGGCGAUAGCGUCUGCGUGAUUCUGGGCCAAUUCACCAAAAAAGGCCUUCGAGUAUUCAAAAAAAGUAAUCAAUUCUUAAAUAGUAACAGUUAAAAACAUUAACAGUUUUUUCUGAACAUGACCAAGAUAGGUGCUCGACCUGGUUCUCUCUUUUUAAUCAACCUCUAAAACAUUCUUUUUGCAGAUGACACCAAUGUAUUCUAUAGUCGUAUUAAUUAUAAUGAGUUGUUAAAGACCGUGAAAAGGAGCCGAUUAGAAUUAAAAAAUGGAUGGAUAUAAAUUAUCGUUACGUAAAACCAAAGCAAUGAUGUUUGGUAGCUUUAAUACAAAUCUUGAUUUGUAUGUAAUUAUUGAUGGUGUCCAAAUUGAAAACGUAGAUGUGAAUACAUUUUUGGGUGUUAACAUGGAAACCCCACAUCAGACAUAUAAAAACAAAAAUUUCCAAGAGUCUCAAUAAUAAGUAAAGUAAACACUAUCUUGAUGUGAACGCACUCCGCACUUUAUAUUCUCUCUCUUUGGUUCGCCCAUACUUCUCACAUUGUGCUGAGGUCUGGGUAAACGCCUAUCAGAGCACGAUAAAUCCUUUAGUCACUUUACAGAAACACGCCAUGCGGAUCAUUCAUAAGGUCGGGUUUCUGGAGCACACAUAUAAUUUGUUUAUUCACUCAAAGCUGCUAAAAUUGAAUGAUCUUGUGAAGUAUAACACUUCAAUAAUCCUUUAUAAAGCAUUCAACAAAAUAUUACCAAAUAACUUACAAAACAUUUUCACAAUGAAAGAGAUAACUCAUAACUUAAGAGGAUAUGGAAACUUUAAAAUUCCAAAAAUUCGAACAACUCUUAAAGGUUUUUGUGUGUCUGUGUGUGGAGUAAAACUUUGGAAUACUCUGGAAAUGCAACACAAGCAAUGCCAAACUAUCUACAGAUUCAAACGGUUAUACAAACUUAUAGUCUGGUCACAGUAUACUGAUACAAGGUCUUAUUUACAUUAAUAAUCUGUCUUGGAAGGUGUGCUGGUUGUCUCUUAACAUCGCUGAUAUAUUGUCUGUUACCAUUGUUGGUAUCGUUAUUGUUGUCAUUUAUAAUUGUUUGUCAUGUGUGUAUGGCCUUUACCGUUGUUGGUAUGGUUUUACUUUCAUUUACCAUGUUGGUAUGAAAUUGUUUUUGGUUUGGGUUAAGGACGUAGGUUUGCAUAGGGACGGUAGAGACAUAACACUGGCAACUUUUCAGGAUGCUCAAAUUGUCCCUACCAAAUUUUAAGCAACCUUAUAUGCGUGAUAUAAUGAGUUCAGUUAUAUAGGUCAUUUAGAUUGUCUUCCUAUAUGUUGUAAGGAUAAAAUUGACCCUACCAUUAUUAAGUGAACUAUUUCAAACUUACUGUUCACUUACCCCAUUUCACUUGCUGAAUGUGCGGUCCACCCCCCCCCCCCCCCCCCCAAAACGCACGUUUCAUUGGCUGAUGGCUAGACCCACCCCCGACACACACACUCACACAACCCCAGCAGAAAUACAUUUAAAAAAACAGGUCGCCUCCUCCACCCCCUUCGAAGAGAAGGGAUAUUAUAAGUUUUUUUGGCCAGCAGCAGCCACUUUAAGUGAUUUUAAAAAGACACCAAUGUUGUGGAGGUGGGGAACACACCACUAAUUUUGCUACUGAAAGUCCGACCUGCAUCAGAGUUAGCAUAACAUUAAACUGUGUGAACUUGCUAACCUGCAAAACUGUUCUGUUUGUGUUUUCUACACAUACCAAUAAUUUAACUUUGGGAAAUUUAUUGAACUCUGCUGGGAACUACAGAACUAGAAAAACGUGAGCAAGAAGCAACACAACAUACACACAACAAAAUCAUAAUUAACUAUGUACAUUUUUUUUAAAAAGUUUUUUUGGGGAGGGGGGCCGCAAGCUACCUACACUAGUGUUGCGAUCGACUGGUCUAUCGUGAUCGACGUAAUGAGCACCCCCGAUUUAGCAUAUCAAUUAAUUAGGUUCAUAUUCAUAAGAAAUGUAGCCCUGACACCGGUUCUCCCAAUCUGUUUGGUCUUCUUAAUGUCCCAUCCCGAGCAAAAAGUGUACAUGCAUAUUAUGCUGUUAUAUCGUCCCUACCAAUGUUGAUACCAACCUACGCUCUUGGUUUGGGUGUUACCUAUGGUAACUUCAUCAGUAGGGACAAAAUUGGAUACAAAAACGUAUAUGUACAAAAUUGUUUGAACUGAAUUUUUAGUUGGCUACAAUAUGGAAGGAAGUAGCAAGAUUUUUUUUGUUCUAAAUUAGAAAAUAGGGGUGGGAUUAAAUGUUUUCUUCUUCCCGCUCCUUUUAAGGCGUUUAGUUGAUAUUGUAAUGUUACUUAAUUUCCUUAAUUUGUUUUGCUGCUCAUUUUUGUUAUAUGAGCUGUAUAUAUUUGCUGUCUUGACAAGAACAGUGAUGGCCUGAAAUAAACGAAUGAAAUGAAAAUGAAAUGAAACUAGUAUUUUGGUAUUUAGCAUGUCUAGUUCACUAUUUCUUGAGCACUGCACUUUGUUAAUGGAAGAAUCUCAGGUGCUCAGCUAAAAAAAAAAAAAAAAAAAAAAAAAACACUCUCACACCUGUGCUGUGGUCUUUCUAUUUACAGGAGUUUUUGAGAAAGACAUGACAGGAUAUAUUUUUUUUCUGUUUUGUCUCACUUCAGAAUUAAAAUCAAGUGCCCUGUGUUGCUGAAAACUCUCACUUUAGAAUUAAAAUCAAGUGCCCUGUGUUGCUGAAAACUGUGUUUUGCUUGAGCUGCGGUAGUUUAUAAGGGAUUUAUAACACCCCAAAAGCAUCAACUCCGCAAAAAUGCAGGAACACUAAAUUCUAAUUUCAAGAAGGAGCCCAAAAAAUAUCAUCCCGUGGGCCUCAAUCGGGCACCAGGCUGCAAAAGCUUGCGUCCGAUUGAUAGUGGGUGGAAAAUUCAUGGGUACUUUUAAAAUGGGUUCUUGGAAGGCACAUCGGGAAUUUGUAGGAAUUAACACGUUUUUAUCUUCAGUAAAGGAGCAUCUUGCACACUAAUCACUACGUACCUCAUUUGGAAUAGCACUGGAUUAAUAGAUUCUAUUUUAUAGCUUUAUUUAAUUACAGUUCAAUGGUAGUGCAGGCCCUCAGUACAGGCAUGCGAGGCAGUUGCUUAACGCGCUAUCUCGUAGCGGGGGACGCCAAAGUGCUUUAGUGUUAGUGUUUUUUUUAUUUUUCCUUGCCGCCAUGGAGCGUCUAAGGAUGGGGGAUGCCUAGGACUUGAACUCAUGUAAUUCAUCGACUGUAUCUGAUCGUGUAUCAUAUUGACUCUGCAAAGCCCUCUGAGACAACCUUGUUGUGAUAUAGGGCUAUACAAAUAAAAUUGAAUUGAAUUUACGGGGAAAAAAUACUCAGAGGGAGGGGGAAUACUCUUGCUACACUUCCCUAAUGUUUCUAACAUAUGAAGUAUAUUUCAAUAUGCUACAUAUAAAAAAAAUAUUAUUUUCAAUUUGACUUCUGAUCUAAAUUCGUGAAUGGAGUCAGAUCUGGCGCUCGGAACCUCCUGUUGCUUUUAUUUAUUUAUUUAUUUGGUUUUCAGAGUGACCGUGCACAAUAAUAAAAAUAACAAUGUAAAUGUCCCCAAAUUAGCCAAAAGGUUAGUUUUCGUUAGUAGUUAACUUGUAGUAGUUAACUUGUAAUGAAGUUAAUAAUCAAGUUGACAGUGAAAGGUAAAUGAAUGCCUCAUUUCUGUUGCUGUCAACACGACAAUUAAGACUUAAUAUGAAAAGGUCCAAGCGCUUAGGUGCUGCUUCAAAAAGCGACGAAAGGAGGUGGAGGGAAAAUGGGCCCAGUGUAGAGUUAUGGCCAUCAUUGACUCAAAUGACAGUGAAACAGGAAAAUACUGUUAGCUUCGUAGAUAGCCGUUAAACUGUUGAAACAGUUUCUCCUCACUCGUUUCAGCUGAACUAUAAACAGUGACGGAUGUACACAUUACAAAACAUGCAACAUUUUACAUUACAAAAUUUGCAAUAUUAAAAAAAAAUCAUAGCAUAACAUGCAUUAAACAUUAACUUGAUUCAAUAACACUGUAUUUUUUUUUUUUUUUUUAAUGAAGCGCAAUGUUCCAGCAUCAUCACCUUGUCCAAUGCAGAUUCCUGACUCAUCACUGAAAAUAACCUUCAUCCAGUCAUUCACAGUCCAUGAUUGCCUCUCUAUAGCCCAUUGCAGUCUUUUUUUUAAGUGUCAAUGGAAUAUGUCUUCCUUUUAGCUUUCCUGUAUGAAAAUCCCAUUCCCUUUGGACGAUUUUGCACAGUUCUGUCACAUACCUUGACUCCAGCUUUCUCCCAUUUCUUCUUCAUUUGUCUUGUUGUACAUCUUCUGUUUUCAAGACAUAUGACCUUUAGUUGUUUGUCAAUGACAUUUGGAUGUCUUCCUCAGUCUACCAGUACCCUUAACUUUAAAAACCUUGCCAUGCUGUUUGUACUUGGUCCAGAUUUUUGAUACAGCUGACUGUGAACAGCCCACAUCUUUGGCAGCCAUACAAGAAGUUUGAUAAUCCUCUCCUUGGUCUCAAGAGACAUCUCUCUUGUUGGAGCCAUGAUUCUUGUGAAUCCACUUGGUCCAGCAGCCCUCCAGGGUGUGAUAACUGCACUGUUUUUAACUGCUGACUAACAAGCAGAUCUAAUCCGAGGCAGGGGCCCAAUUAAGGAAAGGAAAUUGACUGGACGUGUCUGUAUUUUCUACUCAAAAUGGAGUGAUUCCAUAUUUUUUUCUUCAGAAUGGAGUGAUUCUAUAUUUAUUUCCCUGCACUUGCUCCAAAAAAGUAAGAUUUACUGUCCACCACAAUGUUUUUAUUCGUUUCUUUUAGUGUUUCUAAAUGCCAAGGAGUUGCACUUUUGAACUAAUUCAUUAUUUUUUAAAGCUUUUUAUCUGAGUUUCUUCUACAUAAUAAAAUGUCUGAGUGAGUGC